UAAAUAUGGAUACCCAACUUCCUCAUAUCAUAAUAUUGAAUCUCUCCGAUCCCAAAUAUUCUAUUUUUCUCUUCAAAAUCCCAGUGAACACCACCCAACACAAACCUAGUUUUUCUCAGUGCUCUACUGUGGUCAACUUUGUUCUUUAUAAUAUUUAUUCUCUUCCUCGACCUCUUCCAAUUCUUCCAUGGCUUCCGAUUCCAAUUCAAAUCUUAGAAUCACCAUUGAAAGCAAUCCUCCCGAGUCACGUCUAGCUGAAUUGAAUAUCAAGUGUUGGCCCAAAUGGGGUUGCUCUCCAGGGAAGUACCAAUUAAAGUUUGAUGCUGAAGAGACGUGCUAUUUGUUGAAAGGGAAGGUGAAGGCAUACCCAAAAGGGUCAUCAGAGUUUGUGGAGUUUGGUGUUGGAGACCUAGUGACCAUCCCAAAGGGACUCCAUUGCACUUGGGAUGUUUCAGUUGCUGUGGAUAAGCACUAUAAAUUUGAAUCAACACCAUCAUCUUCUUCUUAGCAUCAAUUAGCAUUGUAUAUUCUGAUUAAUUAGUUUAAUUAGCACCAUUAUUUGUUCCAAUUCUUUCACAGUUUCAUUAUUUAGUAUUUUGUGGAAGACAAAUGGGGUUGUUUGGUUGUGCUGGGAAUUGGGGAUUUUAGUCAAAGGAAGAACCAAUCAGUCAAAGGUAUAGCUUUAAAGAGUUAGAUAUUUGAUAGCUACAGCUUUUAAUGUUUC